AUGACAGUAGUUUCUGUCCUGGAGCCGUUCCUGACAGCUCUCAGAGCCACCAAGGAAGCUGCUCUCUUGGCUUUGGGAGCCACUGUUGACGGGAAACUCAUGUCAAUUACUGAGGAAGAAUCUGAAGCCAUGAAAAAUCAAAAGAAAUUAUACCUGGUCACCCUGCUUCUCUUUGCUUGUGUUAUCCUGUACAGACAACUUAAGGUCAUCAUCCACUUUCAACAAACGAUGGUUAUAUCUGAUGCUGAUUACCUCAACCCAGACACAACACCCAGGCUUAUGUUUAUAGAUUCCACCAAUAAGGUGGCGCCUUCAGCACUGGCACUUUGCUCCGUGGAGUCAGCAGCUCGUGCGAAUCCUGAGAAACCCAUUUAUUAUUUCAUGAGUGGUUUCAGUGGGAAUUUAUCAGAUUAUCCAAAUCAAUCCAUGACCUUCCAAACUCUUUUAUCAAUGAAAAACAUCAUCCUAUUACCCUUGAACCUCAAAACACUCUUCAAAAACACCCCUUUGGCUGAUUGGUAUCAAAAGGUAGACCCAGAUUUGGAACAAUACUGGAUUCACGUGCUCUCAGAUGCCUGCAGGCUAGCCCUCUUGUGGAAAUAUGGUGGCAUAUACCUGGACACAGACAUCAUAUCCCUGAAGCCAUUGACUUUCACAAAUUUCAUCUGUGCCCAACAGGAAAAUCUAGCCAAUGGUGCAGCUCUGGGAUUUAGCCAACACCACAGUUUCACACAGGACUGCAUGAUAGAUUACGUCAACAAUUAUCAAGGUGAAAUCUGGGGUCACCAAGGCCCUUUGCUAAUGAGCCGUGUAUUGAGACGCUGGUGUAAAACAGACAACCUUGACGAAUUUAUUGAUGUAGAGUGCAAUGGCAUUUCUUACCUGCCUCCAAAGUUUUUCUAUCCAAUUCCAUACGAUGAGUGGGAAAAAUACUUUGAACAUUGGACACUGGAGAAUAUCAGGGCCACUUUCUCAAAUACAUACGGGGCACAUAUCUGGAAUUUUCUGAGCUCUGGGAAGCAGGGUAAUAUGAAUAAUGGGAGUGGAGUACUAUUAGAAUAUUUCUUCCAUAAAUAUUGUCCGAGAACAUACAAGACUUUUUAUACAAAAGAGCUCCUGGGUGAUCUUGUGGUGAUGCGGGUGUUGCGGUCUCUUGAUAGGUACGGGAGCGGAGUGCGCAUGCCUAGUGAGAAGAACGAAGGGAAGAUGACGCUGCAGAACAGUGGGAGGCUGAAACCAGAGUAA